GCGUUGCCAUGGAGGCGGUGCGACACGCCGUAAAGCGUGCGGCGCUUCUGGCUGGUGGGGAGAACGGCGUCGGCUCCUCGUGUGAGGCCGUGGCUGCUUGUGCCGCCGCCUCCCGCCUGGCGACCGCCGCUCCGCGGUCGCCGCCCCCAGGAUGUUCAAGAAAUUUGAUGAAAAGGAGAACGUAUCAAACUGCAUCCAGUUGAAGACUUCAGUUAUUAAAGGUAUUAAGAACCAGCUGUUAGACCAAUUUCCUGUUAUUGAACCAUGGCUAAACCAAAUUAUGCCAAAGAAAGACCCUGUCAAAAUAGUACGAUGUCAUGAGCAUAUAGAAAUCCUUACUGUGAACGGGGAGUUGCUGUUCUUCAGACAAAGAGAAGGGAUUUUUUACCCAACACUAAGGUUGCUUCACAAAUAUCCAUUUAUUCUACCACAUCAGCAGGUUGAUAAAGGAGCCAUUAAAUUUGUACUAAGUGGAGCUAAUAUAAUGUGCCCUGGCCUGACAUCUCCUGGAGCCAAACUUUACCCUGCUGCGGUUGAUACUGUUGUUGCAAUAAUGGCAGAGGGAAAGCAACAUGCAUUAUGUGUGGGAGUAAUGAAGAUGUCAGCUGAGGACAUUGAGAAGGUCAACAAAGGGAUUGGCAUCGAAAAUAUCCACUAUUUAAAUGAUGGGCUUUGGCAUAUGAAGACAUACAAGUGAAACAAAUGGAACUGUGUUACUCCAAGGGAAUGCACUUAGGUUAAAUGUGGACUGCUUUGUAAUUCCUUGUUUUUAAUGUGACUGAAUGUACAAAUUAUUUUGUUCUGUGGCUAUGCUAAAAUAAAUGAAUGCAAAAGUACUGUUAGGCUACAAUAGUUUUCUAGGUUUCUUUUUAUUACAGUUCUUAAUUGUUUUGUCUUAAACAUGAAUCUUCUGUCACUGAAGAUACCUGAUGGAGAGAUCCUGCAGGGACUGUGAGUGGACUAUUUUGAACAACAAGGCGGAAAAAGCCAAGAAAUAUUUACAUUUUUAUGCUCUUCUAAUUUAGAGUGUAUAUGAAAUAUAAGUAGUAUGGUUUCUAAAACCUCUCAAACACUCCAGAUUUUUUUCUUCUGAUUAACAUCUCACUUGCUUACCUGUUUCUUGAAUGUGGAGAGAUCUUUUUUUUAACUUUUAUUUUUUAAUUUAAUUUAUUAACAGCAUUAACUUUAAUAUUUGACAUCAGGAAUUUCUUUUUAAGAUACGUUUAAGUUCAUAAAUCCUAUAAAGUCAUAUGUGGACUAUAAACUCUUUUAUGCUAGUUCAUAUGUUAAGAAUAUAUAUUAUGUUCUGAUUUCUACCUGACAAAUACUGUUUGGUAUCACUCUCCUUAUAAUGGAAUUUACAGCAACAGUGGGCAUACUUCAAAUGGAGCAUGUGCCAGUUGGUGCAUGAUGCUCUACUCCCUGUUUGCCUUCAUAUUUUAGGAGUAGGAACAAAAUCACUGUUCAACAAAAGCACAGUAGCAAAACCUAGUUAUCAGUGUAGCCAGGAGCAGCUUCUUCAGGUGGGAGAUGGCAGCUUGUGUGCACUGCCACGUGCACAUACAUCUACACAUCUACAGAACUGGUUAAAGAGCACGGUGUUUGCCUGGAUAAUCUGACUUUGUUUACUGACUGCAUACCCAAAGCUAUGCCAAUAGAAAACAGCCUGUGCCAUGGAAUUAUUUAAUAAACUAAGGAAAC